CUUCUCUCUCUCAUUCGCUCACUCACUGCAGCUGGAACGGGUCGAACCGCAGCAACGCUCUGUGUUUACAUGGCAGCUGUCCGCCUCAAAACGGCCCAGCUCUGCCUAGCUUCGCCGCAAAUGCCCGCGACACUAGCAACAACGGCACCGAGCCGGGGGUCGCAAACUUCAGCGUCUCCGCCGCCAGCAAUCGCCACAUCCGAAUCCAUCCAUCUCGACGUCGAACAGAGAGACGCAGGGAUGGAUCCGGUCCCCACGACGCUGGCCGCCCAUCCCCGGCACAAACGCGGCGUCAAGACACCCGAUCUGGAGCAGCUGCGGUUCAUUCUGGAGUGCUUCUUCAUCUCGUUCGGCCCGGAGUGUCCGCAGUUGGGCCGGAACCACCCGAACUCUGACCCAGAACGCUACGCGACGGGCCGCCACGACAGCGCGACCAGCCCCAACAACGGCGGUUCGGUGAGCGUGCCAGUUUCGGCGGUGGACCCGGAGACGUUCGACCACGACGCCCUUCUGCGCGAGGUGCUGCGCUACUUUGAGGCCGGACUCGAGGCGGGCCUCGACGACCAGCCGGUCCUGGUGCACCAGAUCGGACAGGAGCGGACGCUCUUUUUCGGGGAGAGCGGCGCGUCGCCGCCGGACGAACCGGAACCUCAUUUUCCGGUCGGUCUCCGGGUCGUCGCCGAAUGCGGCAUCUGCCUCGAAGUGGUUCCGCUGUACGAGCGGCCCUGCUGCGCGUUUCCCGCCUGCACGCCCUGCCUUCGCCGCUACUACGCGUCGCGGGUGCGUCAGAACAGCAUCCAGAUCGAGUGUUGCAACGUCCGGUGUCACCAGUUCGUUUCCCGGGACGAGAUCAGCGCUCGCCUGCCGUCCGAGUCCAAAGACCACUUCCAUCGCCUCCUGAGCACGGCCAACCUGUCGACCAAAACGUGCCCGCACUGCAACUACGUCACCAAGCGACCCAGGCUGGACGGCGCGGCCCUGCUAUGCGCCUCGUGCGGGCUUCCGUGGUGCUUCGCGUGCCACUCGCCCUGGCACGAGGGCCUGUCCUGUCGCCAGUUCCGGAAGGGAGACCGCCUACUCAAGGCGUGGGCUCGCACCACUGCGCACGGCCAGGUGAACGCCCAGCGGUGCCCCAAGUGCAAGAUUUUCAUUCAGCGGACGACCGGCUGCGACCACAUGCACUGCGCGCGCUGCAAGACGCAUUUCUGCUACCGCUGCGGGGACCGAUUCCGGCAGCUCAAGUUCUUCGGGGACCACUACAGCAAACUGAGUGUGUUCGGCUGUAAAUUUAGGUACAAGGCCGACAAGCCGCUCCAGCGGAAGAUCGUGCGAGGCGCCGUGUUUGGCGGGAAACUCGCCGCGGCUCCGAUCGUCGGCGUUCUAGCCCUGUGCGCUGGGGUCAUCGUGGUCGGGGUCGGAGCUUUCGCCUUUCCGCUCUACGGCGGGCUCAGACUCGUGCAAAGGUACGAGAGCCGCAAGAAGUCUGUCAACCUCCAGUCCGAGUCGACGCCCAGGCUCGUCUGGUUCUCGUGAGUGGCGGGGAUUCCGCAUUGUCUCUUGAGAACUCUUUGAUUUUCCGUCUGCGAAGACUCGAGGUGUUUCAGGUGUCCUUACUUCCUUUCGCGGGUGUACGUGUGGACCAAUUGCCCACUUCCUGCCAAGGUACUGCCAUCGGUGGCUUUCUGGAGAAUGAGUCUUGUGACUCUGGCCACCGUAGCGACGCCAGAUCUCUGCCGGAGUAUCUUUCAGGGGGGAGACAAACCUAUUGGCUGUAACGGAAGUAUUUGGAAGUAUGCCUCCUAUUGUCACAUAUGCAAAUAUCGGUAUUGGCGCGAACGAUGGCCACCGUCUGAGUUGCUACAGUUCUUUUCUCAUUUUGGUAUUGGAGGCAAGCAAUAAUUUGAUCAUAUGCGAUUUCAGAGAUCCUGUCGUAGUCAGAAGGCGUUUGCAGUUCUUCCCAAUAGGAUGCAUUCCCUUUUGAAAGAAGUCUGCCAUAGAUAUCAUGAAUGGUGUGAGGCCGGUUCCUCAUAAGCACUUCUCAAAGCUUAUUUGUUCUCUAUUUGUGCUGGUACACUAAACUUGAGCCCCUGAGGCUUAGAAAGAAUUACCGCGAGCAGCCCUUGUUCAAAGCCCUGUUGCCCAGUGUGCUUCCCAUCUGAACUUUAGGGGCUGCGGCGUACAAGAGCUGCCAGGCGCAUCACAUUCCUGGAGCAUUGAAAGGUUGUUGCUCUGUCCUUUUCUUUACACGUGCGCUUCUUGUUGAACUGUAGCAUUUCUGCGGUUGACUCGGAGGGUCAUAGGCACCGCGCAUAGUAUGGUGCUUAUGGCACUUCUGCCCUUCUCUGUAGUUGUGAUAGAAUGAGUGUUAUUUCGUUUGUGUGCAUUGUGUAAUUUGUUUUACUUUCUGGGGGGGACCUGUAAUUGAGUGAGGUUAAGAAUGGUGUGGAAAACGACACAGGAACAGCUAUCUACAAGCGUUCCGAAUUUUCCUCUCGCGUGUGAUACCCUUCGUUGUGCUCUUUUUACGUUACUCCUGCAAACGUUUUUGCUUUGACUCUGCCAUUCCAUGUCAUUUUUUAGGAGUGUAGCUUUUUUUACAAUUUUUUGCAUGUGUACAUACUGCGUGAAUUUCUAAUUUAUUUGCCCCUAUUUAUUGUAGAGACAAUGAAAAUAUUUGUAUUACUGGAAUGCUACGGACAGCUUUAGAGAUUAGUUGAAGUUUGUGGCACUUUUCGACACAGCUUCUCUCUCGUGGGAUUAGUCUUACUUUGUUGGAACGCAAAUUUUAAUCCUGAGUGAUUUUGACUCGUGACUCAAAUACGUUUUUAACUUGGCGAGUUCCUACGAUGCUUUUAUUAUUGUCGUCUCAAAUUUUUUUUUUUUUUUGGGGGGGAAAAGAAAAACAGUUUGGAAACUGGUUUUGGCAGUAACACACAUUGAAAGUAUUGAAAUAAAUCAACCUUGUCAGCAAAAGUA